ACCGAGGAGCUGCGAGCGCUGCAUGUCUGCAUCAGAACCGCGCAUUCCCAGGCCGCCCAUCCCUAGCAUGAAGCCGCAGGAGAAUUCCUUCAUACAGGCCGCUGGUUCUUCUCCUCUGUCCUGAGAAACCCUCCGCCGAUCCCCGGAGGUGGCUGCCCCGGACCACUUGGAUAUCUGUGUACCAGCGCUGUCCUCCUCCUCGUGCAAAUGGCAGAAAAGGGGCUUCCCGCACAGACCGCAAGCACAGCUGAAGAUGGAUCCUGCCACCAUCUUCAAGACACAACACUUCUCGCCACUCACUUGAAGAAAGUGGAGAAUCACAUCACGGAUGCGCGACGUUUUUCCCACCUUCCAAAACGAUCCGCCGUGGACAUUGAGUUUAAGGAUCUUUCUUACUCGGUGAGAGAGGGGCCAUGCUGGAAGAAAAGAGGUUACAAAACUCUGCUAAAGUGCUUGUCGGGCAUGUUCUGCAGUCGAGAACUUAUUGGGAUCAUGGGACCAUCUGGAGCUGGGAAGUCCACCCUAAUGAAUAUUCUCGCGGGAUACAGGGAAAGUGGGAUGACCGGACAAGUUCUGGUGAAUGGGAAGCAACGUGAACUCCGCACUUUCAGGAAGAUGUCAUGCUAUAUCAUGCAGGACGACAUGUUAUUACCACAUCUCACUGUCAAGGAGGCAAUGAUGGUCUCAACUAACCUGAAGCUCAACGAGAAGAUGGAUGUUAAGAGGGAACUGGUGAAUGAAAUCUUAACAGCACUGGGUCUUCUGGAGUGCUCAGGAACACGCACUGUAUGUCUUUCUGGGGGGCAACGCAAGAGACUGGCGAUUGCUUUGGAGUUGGUCAACAAUCCACCUGUUAUGUUCUUUGAUGAGCCAACUAGUGGCCUGGAUAGUGCAUCCUGCUUCCAGGUGGUCUCUCUAUUAAAUUCUCUAGCUCAAGGAGGACGUACUAUUAUUUGUACCAUACACCAACCUAGUGCAAAGCUCUUCGAGAUGUUCGACAAGCUAUAUAUUCUCAGUCAGGGGCAGUGUAUAUAUCGGGGGGCUGUGACUCACCUCAUUCCAUACCUGAAGAAGCUGGGACUCCACUGUCCUACCUACCACAACCCAGCUGACUUCAUUAUCGAGCUGGCUUCAGGAGAGUAUGGAGAUCUGAACCCAGUGUUGUUCCGUGCAGUGGAAGAUGGUAUGUUACCCAUUUCCAGAGAAAAGAGCAAGCCAGCCAAGAGAGACCUUGACCUCUGCCCAAACGAUGUCUCCGGUCAUGUUGAGAGCCACACGUUUGCUACCAGCUCAUGGAACCAGUUCUGCAUCCUUUUCAAACGAACAUUCAUCUCAAUCUUCCGAGAUACGGUCCUGACCCACCUGCGCUUCAUGUCUCACCUGUGUAUCGGUGUUCUGAUCGGGUUGCUUUACCUGCACAUUGGAGAUGAUGCCAGCAAAGUGUUCAAUAAUACUGGCUUUCUUUUCUUCUCCAUGCUCUUUCUGAUGUUUGCAGCACUUAUGCCCACCGUGCUGACCUUUCCCCUGGAGAUGUCUGUCUUUCUCAGAGAGCACCUUAAUUACUGGUACAGUCUGAAAGCAUAUUAUCUUGCCAAAACUAUGGCAGAUGUGCCCUUCCAGAUUGUUUGCCCGAUGGCAUAUUGCAGUAUUGUUUAUUGGAUGACUGGUCAACCCCCUGAAGCCACUCGUUUUCUCCUUUUCUCUGCUCUUGCCACUUCCACUGCUCUCGUCGCACAGUCUCUGGGGCUCCUUAUUGGUGCAGCAUCCAACUCAUUACAGGUUGCAACUUUUGUUGGUCCAGUGACUGCAAUCCCUGUACUGCUAUUCUCAGGUUUCUUCGUCAGCUUUAAAACCAUCCCAACAUACCUCCAGUGGAGCUCUUACAUCUCAUAUGUCAGAUAUGGCUUUGAAGGUGUUAUCCUGGCAAUCUACGGCAUGGACCGGGCUCCCUUACAGUGCCGCGAGCCACCUUGUAACUUUCAGCUGCCUCAACAGGUCUUACAAGAACUGGAUGUUGAGGAAGCCAAGCUGUAUGUUGACUUCUUGGUGCUUGGAGGCUUCUUUAUUGGAUUACGUCUUCUUGCAUAUCUAGUGCUGCGUUAUCGUGUCAAAUCUGAAAGGUAGAGGACAAAAAAGGGGAUAGAAAGAUGCCAUUACUAGGACACUAAUUUCAAACUUACCACUGGAGGAAAAACUUGAGAAACAAAAAUCAUCAGGAAGAGGUCCAUGUAUGUUUAACAUUCCUUGUGCAAUUUACUAUCAUCAUAGUAAAUUUUGCUCUUAAAAUGAUUUACAAGAUCUUUUUUUCUUUUAUUAUUAUGAAUUUAUUUUAAUUUGUGUUUGUCAUAUCUCCAAAUUUCUUUCCAAAUAAUUGACAUUGUAUUUCCACUGAAUGACUAUUAUUCUAUCAUCUUGUUCAGUCUUUCUGAUAUUUGUUUCU